AUGGCAGCCGGUCGGCUCCUGCUCUACGCUGGCCUCUCUAUGGCCCUGUGCGCCCUGGGCAUGCUGGCCGUGGCCAUCUGCUCCGACCACUGGUACCAGACGGACGCCAGGAGGCACCGGGAGAGGUGCAAAAACUACGCCAGCCGCACCAACCACCCAGGCUUCAUCUACACUUCCAACAACCUGCCCCUCCGUGCCGGCCGUGACCAGCUGGACCGCUGGGAGGAGAAGCUGCUGGUCGCCAGGAACCGACGCCAGCUGUUUGCCAUGAGUGCUGCCGACGAGUGCAGCAGGAUGUACAACUCCACCAACACCGGGCUCUGGAGGAGAUGCCACCGGCUCGGCUUUGACCAGGACGUCGCCGAACUGAUUGCCAAAGGUGUGAUAAACAGAUGCAUACCAAUCAAAUAUCACUACUCCUCAGCAAUCCUUCCGAAAAACCUUUCAUACAACAUCACUAAAACCAUCCGGCAAGAUGAGUGGCACUCCCUGCAUCUGCGCCGGAUGACAGCUGGAUUCAUGGGAAUGGCAGUUGCCAUCAUCCUGUUUGGCUGGAUAAUCGGGAUCCUAGGCUGCUGUUGGGAUCGAGGCCUGAUGCAGUAUGUGGCUGGCCUGCUCUUCCUGAUGGGAGGGACGUUUUGCAUCAUUUCACUGUGCACCUGUGUCGCUGGAAUUAAUUUUGAACUCUCCCGCUACCCCAGAUACCUGUACGGUCUGCCCGACGACAUCAGCCACGGGUACGGCUGGUCCAUGUUCUGUGCCUGGGGCGGCCUUGGGUGGACGCUCAUCGCUGGAUUCUUCUGCACACUGGCACCUUCGGUCCAAACCGUCCCCAGGACGAGCUACCCUAAAUCCAGGCCAGAAAAUGGGACAGUCUGCUAA